AUGUCUUUAUCUGAUAACUUUUACGAAACUUUGUCUUCAAAAUAUGAUUCUGCUGUAAAAGGCGAACAUGUUCUUUUCAAUGGUGAAUCAGCUGUCAAUAAAAUUGAAAAGGCUACUGCUGGAAAUACUACCAUUGAUGUUCAAUUAACCUUGUUAAAAUCAUUGGCAAAACGUCCAGAAAACGGAAAGAAAGAUGAAAACCCAUUUGAAAAACCUGAGCCAGAAUUGACUAUCGUUGAUACUUAUGGUGCUUCAGACGAGUUCAAGAUUGUUUUCAAUAAAUUCCCAGUUGUUCCAAAACACUUUAUGUUGGUCACUAAAGAAUUCAAAUCACAAAACACCCCAUUAUCCCCAAGCGAAUUGUUGUCUACUUAUGAAGUCUUGAACGCUUUGGAUAAACAAAAAUCAGACUACAAUGAAGAAUGGUUUGCCUUUUAUAACUGUGGGCCAGAAAGUGGUGCCUCUCAACCUCACAAGCAUAUUCAAUUCAUGACUUUACCUCCUAAAGCUGAUUUCAAACCUUAUGCAGAAACUUUGGAAAAGGUAUUGGAUCCAAGACAAAUCCAAGCUCCAUCACAAAACAAAGAUUUGCCAUUUGCCCAUUAUGGUGUGCAAAUUUCAGAUAAUGUUGAAGGUGAACGUGAAUUGGCCGAAUUAUUUGUCACCAUUUUACAAAGAACCUUAACUGAAUUAAGAGAAAAUGAUCAAAACCACAUUUCUUACAAUUUCAUCAUGACCAAGAAAUACAUGCUUAUGGUUCCACGAUCAAAGGGUCAGUAUGAUGGAAAAUUGGGUAUUAAUUCAUGUGGUUUCCAAGGUUUGUUCUUAUGUAAAAAUGAAGAAUUGCUUGAUUUGGUUAAUUCAGUAGGUCCAUUGAAUAUUCUUAGUGAAGUUGGGUUGCCAAAUACUGCUGGUAAGAAAUCAACUGAAUACGAUUAUUAG